GGACAGUGAGCUGCGGCAGCGAUGCUGGGGAGCGGCUGCCGGUGCCUCGGGGCACGCCUCGGCUGUUUGCCUGGCGGUCUCUGGGCCCUCGUCCAGACCGGCCACCGGAGCUUGACCUCCUGCAUCGACCGUAAGGAUCGCUUGCCGGGGGCGGGAGGACAGGUGUUCGCGAGGGGCCGCGGUCUCACCGCUCCAUUCAGUCACCCCGGCGUCAGCUCCCCCUUCCGGCCCGUCACCCCCGACCCGGCUCCCCGCUCCGGCCCGUCAACCCCGGCCCAGCUUCCCUUUCCGCUUCCAUGGGACUUAAUGAAGAGCAGAAAGAAUUUCAGAAAGUGGCCUUUGACUUUGCUGCCCAGGAGAUGGCUCCAAAUAUGGCAGAGUGGGACCAGAAGGAGCUGUUCCCAGUGGAUGUGAUGCGGAAAGCAGCCCAGCUAGGCUUCGGAGGGGUCUAUGUACAAACAGAUGUGGGUGGGUCUGGACUGUCACGGCUUGAUACCUCGGUCAUUUUUGAAGCCUUGGCUACAGGCUGCACCAGCACUACAGCCUAUAUAAGCAUCCACAACAUGUGUGCCUGGAUGAUUGAUAGCUUUGGAAAUGAGGAACAGAGGCACAGAUUUUGCCCACCGCUCUGUACCAUGGAGAAGUUUGCUUCUUACUGCCUCACUGAACCAGGAAGUGGGAGUGAUGCUGCCUCUCUUCUGACCUCUGCUAAAAGACAGGGAGAUCAUUACAUCCUCAAUGGCUCCAAGGCCUUCAUCAGUGGUGCUGGUGAGUCAGACAUCUAUGUGGUCAUGUGCCGAACGGGAGGAUCAGGCCCCAAGGGCAUUUCAUGCAUCGUUGUUGAAAAGGGGACCCCUGGCCUCAGCUUUGGCAAGAAGGAGAAAAAGGUGGGGUGGAACUCGCAGCCAACACGAGCAGUGAUCUUCGAAGACUGUGCUGUCCCCAUGGCCAACAGAAUUGGGAGUGAGGGGCAGGGCUUCCUCAUUGCCAUGAAAGGACUGAACGGAGGGAGGAUCAACAUUGCUUCCUGCUCUCUGGGGGCUGCCCAUGCCUCUAUCAUCCUCACCCGAGACCAUCUCAACGUCCGGAAGCAGUUUGGAGAGCCUUUGGCCAGUAGCCAGUACUUGCAAUUCAAACUGGCGGAUAUGGCAACAAGGUUGGUGGCCUCGCGGCUGAUGAUCCGCAAUGCAGCAGUGGCUCUGCAGGACGACAGGAAAGAUGCAGUGGCCUUGUGCUCCAUGGCCAAGCUCUUUGCUACAGAUGAAUGCUUUGCUAUCUGCAACCAGGCCUUACAGAUGCACGGAGGCUAUGGCUACCUGAAGGAUUAUGCCGUUCAGCAGUAUGUGCGGGACUCCAGGGUCCACCAGAUUCUAGAAGGUAGUAAUGAAGUGAUGAGGAUGCUGAUCUCUAGAAGCCUGCUUCAGGAGUAGAACCCACACUUGCUAUUCUGGCCUGGUGUUCAUUGUCACUGCCGUCAGUGUUGAGUGGUGCCAUGUGGGCUGCUGUGUUCCACAGGGAUUGUGGAUUAGACCCCAGGGCUGAGCUCCUCCAGGGCAGGACCUGAACCCUGUGUGUUGGUAGCAGCAGCAUCUCCCAGACUGGAACAGAAUUCCCAGUGGAACCAGAAGAGCUGGCCUGAUGAGAAAUGUCAAGAACACUACUACCUUGUUUUCCUACUGCCAGAAAGUGAAGAUUCACUGUCAAGCCAAAGUCCUUUCUUGGAUCCACUUUAUCUUGAUUAGUCUGCAUUUUGCUGGUUCACUGGAUCCCUCCUCUAGGGGCCUGGGGACUUUCACUGAGGCUCUCUGUGAUUCUAGAGCAAAGGUGUGGGAAGGGGAAAUGGGAGAAUGCCCUCCUGUCUGUGUCAUUCUCUGUGCCAUAGCUACAGAUGCAGAAGGUUUCUCUGGGUAGUACUCCUCUGAAUAUAAAUCAUGAUAAAAUGGACAUUUAGUAAACUUACUCCAAAGCUGUCAUUUAGGAUAUAUUUCUACUUCCAGACUGCCUGGAUAUCAAGGGUUUUAUCUUUUUUUUUUUUUUUUUUUUUUUUGAGACAGAGUUUUACUCUUGUUUCCCAGGCUGGAGUUCAAUGGCGCGAUCUCGGCUCACCACAACCUCCGCCUCCUGGGUUCAGGCAAUUCUCCUGCCUCAGCCUCCUGAGUAGCUGGGAUUACAGGCACGUGCCACCAUGCCCAGCUAAUUUUUUGUAUUUUUGAGUAGAGACGGGGUUUCAACAUGUUGACCAGAAUAGUCUCGAUCUCUUGACCUCGUGAUCCACCCGCCUCGGCCUCCCAAAGUGCUGGGAUUACAGGCUUGAGCCACCGCGCCUGGCCUUAUUUUAUCUUUUUAAUCCUUUACAACUAUUUUAAAAUGUUUAAUUAUGUUUGAUUAAACACUUAACUGGAUUUUGGAAUAAUAAUCAAAAAUCUCUCUUCGUCCAAUUUGGCUUUUAAGAAGUAAGCUUCUUAAAUUAUUAAUAACUUUACAAACUAAGCAUUGUUUAUGAUGUAUGAAAGAGGAAUUAAAGUAAGAUUCAGAGAUGAGGACUUUAGGAGACCUUGGUUUUGUUUGUUUGCUUUUUAUUUUUGUUGUUUUUGAGACAGAGUCUCGUUCUGCUGCCCAGGCUGGAAUGCAGUAGCAUGAUCUCGGUUCACGGCAACUUCUGCCUCUUGGGUUCAAGUAAUUCAUGCCUCAGCCUCCCAAGUAGCUGGGACUACAGGCAUAAGCCACAAUGGCCUGCUAAGUUUUGUAUUUUUAGUAGAGACAGGUUUUUGCCAUGUUGGCCAAGCUGGUCUCAAACUCUUAGCCUCACGUGAUCUGCCCACCUCAGCCUCCCAAAAUGCUGGGGUUACAAGCAUGAGCCACUGUCCCCAGCCUGGGGGACCAUGUUAUAACUUAUCAUUGUAUAGCGCCAUCCCCUCAUCCCUAUAGAAAAACAUGUGCAAAACAUUCACUAUAGCCAGUGUUCAGAGAGAACAAAAUAUGUGUCUAGCAACAAAUACUAUCUUUUUCUGAAUGCACACUCUGUAUGUAAGGAACUUUUGGGUACUGCAGGAGGACAAGCUGUGGGUAUACUACAGUUUAAAUUGUAUUUCUGCCAUCCAAGGCCUUAUUUAAGAGAGGAGCUAAGACAGCUGUAUUGUAAGGUAAUGAUAUAUCUGUAUAAAGCUGAGAAGGCAACCUGUAAAAGUGACGAGGGAGGAAGGGAUUCAGAGAGAGGGUAGGGAUUCAAAUUAAGCUUUUAGGAGAAUGUGGUCAGGCAUGGUGGGUUGCAUCUGAAAUCCUAACUACUUGGGAUGCUAAGCUGGGAGGAUUGCAUGAGGCCAGGAAUUUGAGGCUGCAGUGAGCUACGAUCAUGCCACUGCACUCCAGCUGGGGUGACAGAGUAAGACCUUUGUCUCUAAAAAAAGAUUUUAUGAAAAUAUAUAAUAUUUAAAGAGGAUCAAGAAAGUCAAUUUCAGACAGGAAGGAACCAGGAGCUUACACUUUUGUUUAAUUGUGGUUUGGGGUUGGCAUGAGACAGAAGGAAAAUAGAAGUUGAAUCUGGAUGAGAGUUAUGAAAGCCAAGGGUGGAGUUUUAUUUGGUAAGCAGUGGGGAGCCAUGGAAGGUUUUUAAUGAGGAAGAUAUGAGAUUGACUCAUUCAUAAGAGCAUUCUGGAAAGCAUAUGUGGGAUGAAUAUGAGUGAGGCAAGACAGAAGAUAAGAUACCAGUCGAUGGGUUCUUGAAAAAGUCAAGGAAUGGGGCAAUUCACCCUGAACAUGGAAGGUGAAAGGAAAGACCAGUGUGAGCAAAUGCAGACCUGUCUGCUGUGGAACUUGAAGACCUCCCUAGUAGUCAAGCUGCUUCCUGAUGUUCCAGUCCUGAGAGGCUUCUAUUUUGACUCAAAGCAAAAACAAAUGCAAUGUUAAUGUCUUCCUAUGUUGUUCCCUUCAUAAGAUUUUGAUGAAAUGAUAGUUAUUAAAAGUGCAUUUCUCUCACACCUGUAAUCCCAGCACUUUGGGAGGCCGAGGCAGGUGGAUCACGAGGUCAGGAGAUCAAGACCAGCCUGGCCAACAUGGUGAAACUCCAUUUCUACAAAAAAUACAAAAAUUAGCCGGGUGUGGUGGUGGGCAUCUGUAAUCCCAGCUACUCAGGAGGCUGAGGCAGGAGAAUCUCUGGAACCCGGGAGGCAGAGGUUGCAGUGAGCCGAGACUGCGCCAUUGUACUCCAGCCUGGGUGACAGAACAAGUCUCAAUUUCAAAAUAAACAAACGAAAAAUCCCGAAGCUACCAGUGCUGCCAGCAGCGGCAAUUUGCGCCCAGGAUCCAGACUCCUAUAUCUAAAUUUGAUUGCUAUUUAUUUCUGGGUGCUGUGUUCUAUGACCUUUACCCCAAACAUCAUUACUUAUUAAAAUAAAUUUAAAUUAGCAUAAAAUAUUUGCAGCUUAGGGAAAGGCUUGUGGUAUUAGAAUCCUUAUUUAUAGGAUUCAUUCUUUUGUGUAUUUUUUUUUUUGAGAUAUGGUCUGUUUUUUGUUUUUUUUUUUUUAAAUAUGGUCUGUUUCUGUCAUCCAGGCAGAAAUUCAGGGGUGUGGUCGUAAUUCACUGGAGCCCUGAACUCUGAGGUCAAGCCAUCCUUUUGCCUUAGUCUCUCAACUAGCUGGGUCUACAGGCAUGAGCCACCAUGCCUGGCUAAUUUUUUUAAUUUUCUUUUUUUUUUUUUUUUUUUUUUUUGUGGAGAUGGAGGUCUUACUAUGUUGUUCUGUCUAGUCUCGAAUUUCUGGCCUCAAGUGAUCUUUCUAAAGUGCUUGGAUUUCAGGCCUGAGCCACCAUGCCUUGCAUAGUGUAUUAUAUUAUUUUCAAAGUCUUAUUCUGAGAGCCAUUUAUUGACUUUGGCCUAAAUAACUCAAUAUAAUAUCUGAAACUUUUUUGCUGACAAAUUUUGGGAAAUGAUGAUGAGAAAAUGGGGUUUGCAACUUUGUAGUAACAGGUAACUUAGAGCUAUUUAAGGAAGAACAAUAAUAAAUUAUCAGAAAAAUAAAGUAAGAUAAAGUGCAAAAAUUCUGUAGCAAACAUGAUAGUCAAAAAUGUAUUUUUGUGACUCAUUCUGCUUCCACUUUGUUCUGGAAUUUCUGAGUAAUUUGAGGGUUUAACAUUUGAAAAAUCUACACUAUAGAUAACAUUUUCUUGCAAAUAAAUUUACCUCAAAUUUU